CAAUCAUCUCCCUCUCUCCCCUCUGUAAUCAAACCUCUACUUCCUCUCUCUCUCACUUUCAGCUCAGUAAGUCUCUUGUAGUCUUUAAAUUCGACGAAAAUUAUCAUGGCAGCUUGCGCAUCGACUAUGGCUCUCGCCGCCACCAGCGCGGUCGCUCCGUCCAGCCUCUCAUCCCGGUCCGCAUUCUCGUCCCCAGUUGUCAGUGUUGCACAAUGUAAGACAGCACGCACCGGCCCCAUGACCAUCUGUGCCUCCAUUCAAGAGGAGCCAAAGGCUGCUAGGAGGGAGAUGCUGGCUAGUCUGCUGGCCGCAGGUGCAGUGCUGGUGUCCACUGGCAAUGCUCUGGCUGCAUCAGGCCCAGGGAACCAGGGAGCGAAGCGAGUUGCUAAGAAGGCCGAUCAGCUUCUGAAGGCCGGAGACGACCUGAUCAACAACGACUCUCCUCCACGAUUCGCUGGUCCCGAUGGACUGCGCACGGGAAAUAACAACAUCGCUCAACAAGCUGGAUCCGGAGUUCGAGGAGCUCAAGAGGGAGCGGAGAACACUGCCACCAAGACGAUCGAGGGAGCGAAGAAGAACUUGAGAAACGCACAGGCACGGAUCGACGGAAUCUUCGGGAAGAAGAACAACAACCUGGCCAGCAACCCCGUGGAGAAAGUUCAGGGAGGAGUGAACGAUCUCGUUAAGAACGGAUCCGGCAAGGUGAAGAACGACAUCGCCUCGACCAAGGGCUUGGGCAAGCAAGCUAGCAACAACGCCAGCAACGUCAUCGACCAGGCCCAAGACAAGGCCAAAGAUGCCGUCGAAGGUGGCAAGGGAAUGUUGAGCAACCUCAAAGACAUGGUCACUGAUGCUAUUCCUCAGUAGACAGACGACAUUUUUUCGAGGCAGCGCAGAGCGAGCGAGCGAGCGAAGCAACCGUGCCACGAAGAGCAGAGAAGAGACUACAUGGCGAUGGCGAUUGUAUAUUGUACUCAUGGGUUUAUACGAAGGCGAGCGUCAGUAGGCGCGUUUUGUAGUGUAUCGUAGAGGAUAGAGAGCCAUCGACGUUCUUUCCGUCAAAGCUCGACGACGUUCCUCUGCAAGAGGUUGUACAGUUGUAACAUAUGCAUGACACGAUUAUGAAUAAAACCUUAAUGUUCCAAUCU